UCGCGCGCCCCAGGGCAGGCGGCGCACCGGGGUCCAGCGCUCUGGGCUGCGCUGCGUCGGAGUCCCGCGAUCGGCCGCCCUUCUCCGCAUGGAUCCCGCGGAGCGCGCGCAGGCGGCACGGGCUCGGGUGCCCAGGAUCGAUCCGUAUGGAUUUGAAAGGCCCGAAGACUUUGAUUAUGUGGCUUAUGAAGAAUUUUUUUCCACGUACCUGGUGAUACUCACCAAGAGGGCGAUCAAAUGGUCCAAACUUCUAAAGGGAAGCGGCGGGGUCCGAAAAAACCUGACAGUGAAGCGCUAUGUCCGGAAGGGAAUCCCACUGGAGCACCGGGCCCGUGUCUGGAUGGCUGUGAGUGGAGCCCAGGCCCAGAUGGACCAGAACCCUGGAUACUACCACCGACUGCUGGAGGGAGAGGGCAGCCCCAGCCUGGAGGAAGCCAUCCGGACAGACCUGAACCGGACAUUCCCUGACAACGUGAGGUUCCGGAAGACGGCGGAGCCUUGUCUGCAGAAGACCUUGUACAACGUGCUGCUGGCGUAUGGGCUACACAACCAAGGUGUGGGGUACUGCCAGGGAAUGAAUUUCAUAGCAGGAUAUUUGAUCCUUAUCACCAAGAACGAAGAGGAAUCCUUCUGGCUCCUGGACGCUCUUGUUGGAAGAAUACUACCUGAUUACUACAGCCCAGCAAUGCUGGGGCUGAAGACUGAUCAGGAGGUCCUGGCAGAGCUGGUGAGGAUGAAGCUGCCAGCAGUGGCAGCCCUGAUGGACGCCCAUGGUAUGCUGUGGACCCUGCUGGUAUCCCGCUGGUUCAUCUGCCUGUUUGUGGACAUCCUGCCUGUGGAGACGGUACUACGGAUCUGGGACUGCUUGUUCAACGAAGGCUCCAAGAUCAUCUUCCGGGUUGCUCUGACCUUAAUUAAGCAACAUCAGGAAUUUAUAUUGGAAGCCAGCAGUGUUCCAGACAUCUGUGACAAGUUCAAGCAGAUCACCAAAGGGGACUUUGUGACUGAGUGUCACACGUUCAUGCAGAUCCAGACAUAGAACUUUCAGCUACCUCUCCAGCACCAUGUCUGCCUGACUGCCACCACGCUUCCUGCCAUGGUGAUUAUGGACUAAACCGCUGAACUGUACACCAGCCCCAAUGAAAUGCUUUCCAAGAGUGACUGUGGUCAUGGUUGUCUCUGCACAGCAACAGACACUCUAAGACAUCCAUCCAUCCAUUUAUCUAUUCAUCUAUCUAUCUAAAAUCUAUCUAUACUAUAAAUAUAUAUUAUACAUGUACCUAAUAUAUACAAGGGACUUACUAAAAUGGCUUACAGAUAAACAUUCUAUUUCUUUAGAGAGCACUGACUAAACAGACCCCAGUGCUUUUCCUAUCAUUCUCCACAGGUCCUUCUGCUUCAGGCUUACCUUUCUGAACAGCCAAGACUACAGGUGCAUACAACCUUGGCCUGGUUGAAUAAGACACUGUAAAAUUCAAACCAACAACCUUCUCCCAUCCCCACAGAUACUGUUCCUGUUGGGACAGACAACUUCAGAAGUGUAACAAUGCUCCCACUAGGAUGUAGGCACUUGUGUGAGGUGGCUAGUUAGCAGCAAGGCUUUCCUGGGCAGAUGGUGUGCCACAGCCCCAUCACACAAGUGCAGCUCAAGACUCAGAACGAUGGACAGAAGUGAACAUGGGACUCAGAUCAGCAGUGCCUCUAAUUCUGCACCACAACCUGCAUCACCAUAUUCCUCUCAUAAAUAAACCAACCCCCCAC